UUCCACUCUUUUCUAGUGAAACGCGAUGUCCAGGAAAAUGACGAAGAAGCGGUGCAAGUCAAAGAGCAGAGCAUCCUGGAACUGGGGUCGCUUUUGGCCAAGACUGGGCAGGCAGAAGAGCUGGGAGGACUUCUGAAGUAUGUUCGACCCUUCUUGAACUCCAUCAGCAAAGCAAAGGCAGCCCGCUUAGUCCGAUCUCUGCUUGAUCUGUUCCUUGAUAUGGAGGCAGCAACAGGACAGGAGGUUGACCUGUGUUUAGAGUGUAUUGAGUGGGCCAAAUCAGAGAAGAGGACUUUCCUACGCCAGGCUCUGGAGGCGAGGUUGGUCUCUCUGUACUUCGAUACCAAGAGGUACCAAGAGGCGCUGCAGCUGGGCUCCCAGCUUCUUCGGGAAUUGAAAAAGAUGGACGACAAGGCAUUGCUGGUGGAAGUGCAGCUGUUAGAAAGUAAGACUUACCAUGCCCUGAGCAAUCUGCCAAAAGCAAGAGCAGCCUUAACCUCUGCACGGACUACAGCCAACGCAAUCUACUGUCCACCUAAGCUGCAAGCAGCGUUAGACAUGCAGUCAGGUAUUAUCCAUGCAGCAGAAGAGAAGGACUGGAAAACGGCCUAUUCAUAUUUUUACGAGGCGUUUGAGGGAUAUGAUUCAAUUGACAACCCAAAAGCCAUCACUGCACUGAAAUACAUGUUGCUGUGCAAAAUCAUGCUGAACAUCCCAGAAGAUGUGCAAGCGUUAGUGAGUGGAAAGCUUGCUCUGCGGUAUGCAGGAAGACAGACAGAAGCACUAAAAUGUGUGGCACAGGCCAGUAAGAACCGAUCACUGGCAGAUUUUGAAAAGGCGCUGACAGACUAUAAGGUGGAGCUCAGGGACGACCCCAUCAUAAACACUCACUUGGCUAAGCUCUAUGAUAAUUUAUUGGAACAGAAUCUGAUCAGAGUCAUCGAACCCUUCUCCAGAGUACAGAUUGAACACAUAUCCGGCCUCAUCAAGCUCUCAAAGGCUGAGGUAGAAAGGAAACUGUCACAGAUGAUCUUGGACAAGAAAUUUCAUGGCAUCCUUGACCAAGGCGAGGGAGUCCUGAUCAUCUUCGACGAACCCCCCGUAGACAAAACUUACGAAGCUGCCCUCGAGACUAUUCAGAAUAUGAGUAAAGUAGUGGAUUCGCUCUACAACAAAGCCAAGAAGCUAACAUAGAGUUGAAUUUGCUAGCUGUCAUUUGGAGAGUGUGUGUGACAGGAGAGUGAAACCUUUGGGAAAAUGUUAGGAGACUUUUUUUUUUUCUUUGUUCUACUUUUCGCUCGGAAAGUUUUUAAACUUCCUCAUCCAGUGCAUCUUGUAUUCCAUACGAUGCGUGUUCCAGUUUCCAUGUAAUCUUUACUGGUCGAACUUUGUAUCUGGGGGGGGGGAUAUUGUUUAAACAAAGAGGGUAUUCUAAAUAAAAGGAAAAAGGCUUACACUACCUAAA